AUGAAGUUUGCUGUGGUCCUUGUUACUGUUCUGUUUUUCACCAGCUUCUGCUCUUGCCGAGCUGCGGAAAAUGUCUCUGGAAACCAAGUAAGUUUACCCCUCAUUCUGCCUCAUUCCUUAACACCCGAUGCUUCAAUUCCUACAGCUUUUUACGUCUGUUUAUUUGAUGAGCAGUUAACAUUAAAAGUGCGGUUUCUCCGCAUCCACAGUAAGACGUUAAGUAACCAGUUCAUUUCUGUACUGCGAAACAAAAGUUUGGGUUAAAAUCAAUCACCAACAGUUCUUACGAACUAAAUUCAGUGUUUUACUGAUUUUUCAAGUUUUAACGAAUAUUGUUGAUUUUGUUUAAUGCGAAGUGAUUUCGCUUGCUUCCUAGAAGAUUUGUGCAACUCCAGGAAAUCCGAUCAAUAUCAACGUGGGGCAACAUGGAAAUGCAGUUAAGGUAACUUAGAUUUUCAUUUUACAUGUCAUUCAGGUUUUUUUCCGAAGUUGUGAUUAAAGUUCUUAAUGCUUUGCUCAUGCUGAGUUUGACCAUUGUCUUCGCAAGAUAAUAGCCGCUCCGUAUUUCCCUAUAAAUUCCAAUACAAAACGAACAUACCGAUGAAUGACAAAGCAAUUAUUGAGCUCUUCGUUUCACAAAAUAUCAUGAUUUGUCAGUAUUUCGCAGUUCAGUUGUUUAUCUCUGUCUUCGAAAGGCAAAUUGUUUGAGUCUACUCGGCUUAACAGUUGUUAAUUUUUUAAUCAAUUUCCCCUCGCUAUUUAAAUCCGUCUAUUUUCUAUGUCGGCGUUUAUCAUCCCUUGGUUUUCGUCGCGUCUUUCCUUAAUAUAGAGGCAAAAGUCGCACGCAUUUCAGCUGUAAUAAAUAUUAUUCUUAAUUUAUUAACGUUUCAGUGUCAGACGUGCAAUCGCUUUUUUUCAAUUCUACUUACGUGACUACAUAUACGGGUAUAUUCUAACUCCAUUGAAAUUCGUAAUCAACAUUGGCUUGGUUGAAUAAGAGGAAAGCCCGCUGGAACAUGUCUGGUAUUUUUUAGGGUGAAAAGGGCGAUAAAGGUAGUAAAGGAGACGCUGGAAUGAAAGGUGCAAAAGGGGAUGCAGCAGGAAAGUCUGCACCUUGCAAUUGCAAGUUACAGGUGAGAUAUUCCUUUGAUGAUUUUACAAGGUUCGUAUACACCCUACUCGAUAAAAAAGUGAAAGGGAUGGAAUCGAACUCAAGAAGUCAGAAAAUAUAUUAUAUUUGCGAGCUUAGUAAAAUAGCUGAUAGCAAACGUAAAGCGGAAGAAGAAAUAAUAAAUACGUAUACACGAGGUGCAAAAAUGAAUCCGUGCAUGUUCGUUGUCUAUCCCCGUGAAAACUAUCAGGUAGUGAAGUGAACAAGGAAGUUCCAUUUCUCAUUUCGAAUUUCGGAGUUCCUUUGGCUUCAGGGGUUCAGUUUAUGCCGAAAUUUAACCUUUUGUAGUCAGGGAAAACGCAAGGUUCUGAAGUAUUACCUAGAGAGGAGUAUCGACAUUCCUAAAAGAACAGUGAGAAUUCCGCCUCUAACUGAAUAAUUAGGCCCCCGCUCAGUGUUUCCACUUCCAUCGUAAAUGAGUCAUCAGCUUUUUAAGUUUGUUAUUUAAAGUCGGAUUUCAGAUUUAUUUAUCUCACUGUAUGCUCUUUAUCCCGACUCUUCAAGGAUCCAAACAAACCGUCGGCUCACAUUGAAGGUGCUAACAAAGGGGAUGUCACUUACCAAGUCAACAAAGGUAUCGGUCAUAAUAGCGAUAUCUUUGUUUAUGGAAGCUAUUAUUUUGAUUUUGUCACCGUCCAUAUUCUCAAGCUGAUAUGAGUUGAAUGCGGACAUUCAUCAGUUAUCGGGUUACUGGUCAGGCAAUGAAUGACAUGUUGAUAAUUUUCUGAUAACUUUUCCUAGGUCUUAUACGGCCGGGUUCUUUUAAAAUUACGUGAAUUUAAAUAAUAAUACUAAUAAUAAUAAUAAUAAUAAUAAUAAUAAUAAUAAUAAUAAUAAUAAUAAUAAUAAUAAUAAUAAUAAUAAUAAUAAUAAUAAUGACAAUGACAAUGACAAUGAUAAUGAUAAUAAUAAUAAUAAUAAUAAACAAUUUUCCAAAGCGCAAAAUGCAUAAAUUUACUCCUGUUUGGAAUUUUAUCUUUAGUAACGCGGCUUUCCAUACAGCGUUUAUUUUUUUCAUCUUGUUACCCAUCUUCCACUUGUUUCAUUAUGAAAAUUGUAAUUUGGGCCACCGGGCGGACCCGUUGCGGCGGACCCAAACGUUAGACUUACCGGACUUUUUUUUGAUGCUUUUGCAGUAAUCAAAGACUGGACUCUAAGUGCUCCCUACAGCCAUCUCGCAGGCGGCAUGAAGUAUAAAGACGGAAAACUUACUGUACCCAUCCCUGGACGUUAUUACAUUUACGAACAGAUUUACUGGCGUGGCUACAGAGGAAAGCCUGUCAGAAUUUCUAUCCUUUUGAACAACAAAGUGAUCGCCAUGGCUCAUCCACCAAUGAACUCGCUGCGAAGGGACGAGUUUACGAUUUCCACAGGCGGAGUGUUUCAUCUUAAAGCUGGUGACGUCAUUACAGUGGCCGCCACAGAGCAUGCUGGGAUAGCCUACAUGUACACUUACCACAGCUUCUUUGGCGCGUUCUUGAUUUGA